AAAAGACUAAAUUAAUGACAAAUUAGGAUUGCCCGCUAUUUACCAAAACUGAAAAUUAGAAAACAAAGCUUGAAGAGAGGGAGAGAUCGUGAAAGAGCAAGGGAGAAGGAAAAUUCAAAAAUUUAGGGAUUCAUUGCUAAUCAAGUAAGGGGUUUAACGUGUCAUCUAAGUUUCUGAGUUUUAGUGGUCUUUUUCUUUCCUGCUAUGUGAGUUGUUGUUGUUGUUGUUGUUGUUGUUUAUGUUAUGUCUAAUUUGAAUUCUUAUGUUAUAUAAUUAUAUUGUUGAAUUUGUGUGCCCUUGUGUACUCCUAUAUAUGUUGUUAAAUGGUUAGAAUGCAUCCUCUGAGUCAAUAAUGAUGUCCUAAAAUUCAGUCCUGUUUCAAACAAUUGUAUUUUCUUGUUCUUACUCCCAUUACUUUAAUGCACAGUUCACACAGAGAGACGCAGAAAGAAAAAAGGGUCAAAUAGUUUUUCCCUCCACAAAAAUUCACUUUCACUUCCAAACAACCAUGGACGGACUAGAUCUUCCUUACGAUCCUCGUACUGUCGAAGAAGUCUUUCGUGAUUUCAAAGGUCGCAGAGCUGCCUUAAUCAAAGCCCUCACCAUUGAUAUCGAAGAAUUCUACCAGCAGUGUGAUCCAGACAAGGAAAACCUUUGCCUUUAUGGAUUUCCGAGUGAGCAGUGGGCGGUCGAUCUGCCAAAUGAGGAAGUGCCACCUGAUCUUCCAGAGCCUGCAUUGGGUAUUAACUUUGCUAGAGAUGGGAUGCAAGAAAAGGAUUGGCUCUCUUUGGUUGCUGUACACAGCGAUGCUUGGUUACUUUCUGUGGCUUUUUAUUUUGGUGCUAGGUUCGGAUUCGACAAAUCUGACAGGAAGCAACUAUUUGAUAUGAUAAAUGAUCUUCCAACAAUCUUUGAAGAUGUUACAGGGUUGGCCAAGACACAACGAAAGAGAAAGUCAGUUUCUAAUAAUAGCAGUACCAAAGCCAAAUCAAACUCUAAGGUGAUAAAUGAUCUUCCAACAAUCUUUGAAGAUGUUACAGGGUUGGCCAAGACACAAGGAAAGAAAAAGUCAGUUUCUAAUAAUAGCAGUACCAAAGCCAAAUCAAACUCUAAGCGAGGUUCUGAACCUCGGAAAAAGGAUUCAAAACCAAUGGCAAUGCAAACGCAAUCAAAUGAAGAUGAUGAGGAUGGUCUCAGUGCAGACGAGGAAGAUUUUGAGGAAGAACAUGAAGAUUCAUCGUGUGGGGCAUGUGGAGAAAGCUAUUCAACUGACGAGUUUUGGAUUUGCUGCGACAUAUGUGAGAAGUGGUUUCAUGGAAAAUGCGUGAAGAUUACUCCGGCGAAGGCUAAGCAUAUCAAACAAUACAAAUGUUCAGGUUGCAGCAAGAGAGCUUGCAGUUGACAAUCAGUGGAUAUAGGAGUUUGUAUAGAUUGGUGUUUAUGUUUUAGUAAAUUUCAUGUUAUCCCUGAUGUUGAGUUGUGCAUACAAGAACUUUGUGCUAGGGGCUGGUUUUGUUAAGCAUCAUAUGGAUUACGGUCAUUAUCAAUUGUUAACUGUUUAGAGAAAGAUCUAGGACUAAUGUUGGUUAUGCAGUUAGUUAAAUAGGCAGAGUCAAUAAAUCCUAAUUGGCAAUGCUGAUAUUUUUAUUAUGAUACCUUUUUCCGUAUUUGAACUUGGAACUUUGCAGUUGUGUUGUGUGUGCGUUUUAGUAAUGACCGACCAUUACCUCUGCCUCUCACAGAACAUUACCUCUGUUCUAAACUUUCGAGCAAUCUUAACCUCAAUGGUUCUGGGUUUCUUAGGUAGAGGAAAAGGCAAUUUCUCAACGGUAACACUCAGCGACGACAGUAUACAAUAAAUGGUUAUAUUUAGCUAGCAACAUUGACAC